AAAAAACCUAGCCUACCAAAAGGCAUUCAGUAGCAGAGAUUUUUACUGAGAAACCCCCAUCUCUGUGUGAUCUCCGCUAACGGGAGAGCUGAAGUGAUGGCGGGUUGCGCGGAGGAUUCGUGGAUUUUUGCUUGACAGGCACCAGAAUCUUCAGUUGGAUUAGUUAAUUGGUUUAUUUAUGGGGGAUUUGCAUUUACCUACUGAAAAAUGCCUUUUGCCAAACGGAUCGUUGAGCCCCAGCUGCUGUGCAGACAUCCCAUCCCUAAUGAUGAAGGGUUACUGUUCGAGGAUCUGUGCUCCAUCACCAAUGUGGCUCUAUCCCGGACCCUGCGGCAGCUCUCCGACUUGUCCAAGCACGCCUGCUCCUUAUUCCAGGAGCUUGAAAACGAAAUAGUCUCCACGAACCAACGGAUUUGGGCUUUGCAGAACAAAAUAGGCAAAAUCCAGCAAACCGCCGGUGCGCUGGAUCCAAAACUGGAGGCUGUGCCCGUAUCAAAUUUGGACAUUGAGAGUAAACUGACAUCACACUUUCAGGCUCCAUGGCAUCAACAACACAACCUGUUCCACACUUGUACACGGCCAUCAUGUCUGGAAGAGUUACACCGACAUGCCAAGUUCAACCUUCGGGCACUGCACAGAGACCAGCAGCAGCGUCAGCGUUCAACCAGCAGAGAGCGUGGCCGGGUCACCAUAUCAAUAUCUGUGGCUCCGCCUAUGCCAACCUUCCCUUCAACUCACAAACUCAGAAGGCGGGAGCAGAGGGGCCGGCACUCACGCCUGGAGAGGAGCGUUAGAGAGAGUGAGGUGCAAAACAUCCAGAGGAAGGAGAGGCCAGCCAAAGAGGCUGAAUUCAAACCCGUCCUCAGAAAGUAUCAGCGCUCCCGUUCCUCCUCCCCUGUUCAGUGUUGUUACUUCAUUCCCUGGAUUAGAAAGCUGCAUUUCUUAUCAAAACAGAAAAAUGGGAAUUUGGCAAUAAAUGCUGGAACCAACACAGAAACAGAUGGUGAAUUGCCAGUGAUGAGCCAUAGGCCUAAAUGUCCUGUUCCCAAUAUACCUACCACCCUGGACAAAAAGAUCAACUGGUCCAAAGCCCUGCCUCUUGCCACUCCAGAAGAGAGUAUAAAGGAUGAUUCUCAAGUGAUUUCAUCCUGCAUCAUUCCAAUAAAUGUUUCUGGUGUUGGAUUUGACAGAGAAGCUAGUGCUCGCUGCUCUCUUGUUCACUCACAGUCAGUUCUACAGAGACGCCGGAAACUCAGGAGGCGAAAAACGAUCACUGGCAUCCCCAAACGAGUUCAACAAGACUUGGAUUCUGACGAAUCACCUGUGGCUAGAGAGAGAACAGUGAUCAUUCAUGCCAACCCACACAAGUCAUUGUGGCAUGAGGAGCUCUCUUUGAGUGGCCGAGUAUUGCACACCAAGGACUCUGGCUGUCAGACAGAUGACUUCUUGAUUGCUGCUCCAUCCCGGAGGCGUAUCCGUGCCCAGAGGGGUCAGGGAAUUCCAGCCUCUCUCUCACACUCCACUGGAAACAUCACCUCCCUGCCGGAUCACUCUGAUACUGUGUAUGCUGCAGCAUCAGCUACUCGUGUCCGUUCUAGAAGUCUACCACGUGAGGGUGGUCGGCUUCUGGAUGAGGAUCAGGAUGACAGUGAUGAUGAUGAUGAUGAAGAUGAUGAAGAAGAUGAAGAACUCUCUCCGUAUGAAGCUGAGGACUUCCUACCAGGUCCAGGACAGAGAAUUCUGAAGGACGAGGAGGAGAGCACUGAUGACCAAGGCAUGUCAGAGCACCAGUUUGGAAGCCUCAAGCGCAUGCAGCAUUCCGAGAGCCCUGACCACACAUGGAUUGAGAGAGGCAGAUCUAGACUCCCACGCAAAGUUGAUAUGGGGAGCUGUGAGAUUUCCUCCAGCUCUGAUACUUUCAGCAGCCCCAUCCACUCUGCCUCCACUACAGGAGUGCUAGGCAGUCAGAUUGACCAUAAAGAGGAUCACCAGUCAUCAAGCGGCAACUGGAGUGGAAGCAGCUCCACUUGCCCAUCGCAGACGUCUGAAACUCUUCCGCCUGCUGCCUCUCCUCCCCUGACUGGAUCCUCACACUGUGAUUCAGAACUCUCCCUCAAUACUGGAUCCCAUGUCAUUGAUGACACCACUGGCUUCAUAAUUGACCCCUACCACAUUGACAAGCCACAAGGACAGGGGCAGCAUUCCAAUUAUUUUACCUCAUCGGCAACUGAUCAGAUGGAUGAUGCAGGUGUCAGUACUGCUAGUGAUGGUGAGUGGAACUGCACCCAGGACCAGCAGGAUCAGUCCUGCCCCCAAGACUUCAGUCCAAAGCAUUCCAGAGAGGAUGAGAGUGGUGUCAGCUGCCCCAGUUAUUCAAGUGGGGAAACUUACGAGAGUUUCAGUGACCAAGCAUCCGCUAGGAAAUCUGAGAUGCACUACAUAGUUGACACUGAAGGAUUUUAUUCCUCCAUGCACUUUGACUGUGGUCUUAAGGGUAGCAGAAGCUACUACAACUAUGCAGCCAUUGACCCUGACUGUGGACCAAGUGGAAAUAUAGCACCUGGCAUGGGUGAAUACACUCAGUCAGAGUAUAGAGCCACCAGGACACUGGGUAGACCAUGUCUCUCCUUAAAAAAACCAAAGGCCAAGCCACCCCCACCAAAACGUAGCUCUUCAUUAAAGGAAACAAGCAGUGGUGUGAACAUUCUAGAGCAGGAUGAACCAAAGAUUACUUGCGAGUUGCCACUGCCCUUGUCUUCCAGUGAGAUGAAACUGCAGCUGGACUUGGCUGAUUCUGCAGGGCACCUUGACACUGCAGGUCUUGAGUCACUUGGCGCAUGGGGAGUGGAGAAUGUCAGGGACAUGCUUGACUGCUCCUCUCCAUUCAGUUCCUCAGACACACAUUCGUUCAAGGAUGAAGGUGCUGUGCAAGCUGACUAUGCAGACCUCUGGCUCCACAAUGACUUGAAAUCAAAUGACCCUUACCGGUCUCUGUCCAACUCUAGCACUGCUAUGGGUACAACUGUUAUUGAAUGCAUCAAGUCACCAGAAUGUGCAGAAAUGCAAGCCUGUCAACCCAGGUCCAGACCUACUUCUCCAACUCUUCCUCCAUCUGAAGGUGACUUAAAGCUGGCUUCCCCUGAAAGGUUGGUGAGCUUGGCAUCCCCUUCCAGUGGAUAUUCUAGUCAAUCAGAAACUCCUACAUCUUCCUUCCCCUCUGCUUUCUUCCCAGGGCCCCUGUCUCCAACUAGUGGCAAAAGGAAACCCAAAGUCCCUGAAAGGAAGUCCUCACUUUGUUCCCUACAACAGCCACAGCUUUCAGUCCGAGACCUAGGCAUUUCCUCCAGGAGGGAAACUGACUUCCAUGCCAUACCCCCCAGUCACCUUGACCUAAGUGCUCUUCACACCAAGUAUUUUGCUCACAGAAAUCAGAUGCACAUCCUCCACCAGAAUAAACAGAAAGCUGCCAUAGCUGCGGCUGCGGCUGCAGAAGCUCGCACUGCAGCCGCCGCCGCUGCUGCCACUGCUGCCGCUGCUGCAGAGGCUCACACUGCAACUUCUUUUUCAGUGAGUGCAACAAGCACAGUACCCAGCUCAGCCCAUUUGGCCAUCACUCCAAUUGUUCUUAGAUCAGUCCAACUGCGAUCUAUUUGUAGAUUAGCUGAAGGGAACCAAGGGUAUGAACUGGUCAGUGCAAAUCUAGUAACUCGUCCCAAGUGUCCCACAGUAAUAACUGAUGCCCCAUCCUCUAGCAACAGGCACAACAGGAAACCACCAGCCUACAAACCCCCUGCGGCACAGCUCUGUGAAUCACAGGUACCACCAGUGGAAAAUGUUGCUCUUCCCCAGGAAGAAGUGAAAGUGAGACAGGAGAGGCUUGGUCCUGGUACUUACUGGGCAAUGACUGCUUUCAGAACUCCUGUAGAUCCUACUCCUGAAAAAGAAGACUCUUCAACAAGGUCAUCUCAGCAAGAACAAGACAUCAGAAAGUACCCAGGUGUGCAACUGACAUUGUCACCAGAGAGACUAAAACAAGAUCUAAAUCAGCUAUCACGGUCAGACCCCUCAGCACAGCCCAUGUGUUCAGCCAGCAUAAUGCCACCCCCCGCUUACAGUGAAAUACAGAGGAGCAAUUUUGUACUGUGCAACAGCCCUGACAAAGUGCCUGUUUCAACUCAAGAGGCAUCGCACACUUACACAAUCAGCGAUGUACAAGGCCGAGAAGAGGAUUAUGAGACAUCAGGUGUUGCAACCAGAAGUGCCUCACAUGACAUAGGGGAAGAAGGGUCGACCCCGGACACAGAGGACUAUUUCAGCAAGGAAUCAACUCCCAGUGACAAUUCAACAUCUUCUUUGACUGAUGACUCUAAAACUGAUGAUGAUAAUGUUUUCCCAUCCCCCAACAAACUACUCACAACUGAAGAUCUGUUUGCCAUGAUACACAGGUCUAAAAGGAAAGUGCUGGGACGUAAAGACUCGGGGGAGAUAAGUGGAAAAAGUCGGCAUGGAGUAGCACAUGCACCCGCUCCAGUCAGCAAUCCUUCUGUAUGCCCGGUCGCCCCUGCUGCCUCAGUCCCUUCAAACAGCUCUCAGCGAGCCUCAGGACCCAUCUACAGGAGUGCCAAAAAGUCCAGUACAUCCAGUGAGGAGUUCAAACUCCUGCUGCUAAAGAAGGGUAGUCGCUCAGACUCAAGUUACCGCAUGUCUGCUACGGAGAUCCUCAAGAGCCCCAUCACACCCAAGACUCAAGUAGAGCUACUAUUAGAGACUUCAAGACAAGCAGAGGAGCCCCCCUUACCUCUCCAGGAGUCCACUAGCAGUGGAGAUCCACUUCCAAGUCAAUUCCCUAAGGCCAACAGUGAAGGAUUCUCCCCAAAAACACUUACAAUGUCAGCUGCCUCCAGACAAGGACGUUCUAGAAUUCCACCUGCGGCAAACAGCAGUCGCUAUAGCACGCGGAGUCGGCUGUACACUGCCCCAAUGCAGGCCAUAUCAGAGGGAGAGACUGAGAACUCAGAUGGAAGUCCACACGAUGAUCGCUCCUCUUAGUGGUAUAAUCAUUUUUUUAACCACUUAGCAAAAUUAUACAUCUUUUAUAAUACAAAAACAUUCUAUUUGAACUGUAUGAGAGUGGUGUAUACAUUAUGAUCUACCUUAGUUUUCUCCCCUUAUGUUUGUGAUUCGAAAAAAAAAAACUUUAUUUCUUUAAGCUCCUUUUGUAUUACCAUUUAUCAUUGAGAGCUAUGAUUUUCAUCAUAAUAUCACGUUUUUAUGUUCAGAAAAUAAGAAGGUGAAAUUAGAUCUUCAACAAGAUUUUGAAAGGUUACUUUUUAAUAUAGAAAAUUCUAUUUCCAUCAUCCAUCACAAAUUUACACAAAUAUGUAGAUGAUUUUCUAUGGACAAUCGCACCAUGGCCAUUCUUAGCAGGGUGUACAAUGGGAAAGAUUUCUGAGAAAAAAGAAAGCUAGAACUGUGAUGAACAUAGUUCUAGUAGACUGGUGGUUUGCAAAACCAUCAGUUCUUUUGGACUUAAUUUGGGUAUUGAUACCUUGAAAUAUACAACCUGGAUGUACUGUUAAAUAACAAGGCAAGCAGACAAUGUAAUCCAGUUUUAGUUUAGUGAAAUGUCAUGGAACGUACAGUAUGUGUGUUUCAGAAUCUUCAUGCUGUCUGAAUCUCAACCUGUCAAACAGCAUUCCAACAACUGUAACUAAUUGAAUCCUUUUUAAGCGUGUUUAGUUUACCUUUUCUUCAAAGACCCAAAUUGGGUUGUGUAUUUUGUCACAAUUUUCAGGUAACAUCAUGUAUAUUUACUUAACCAACCAACAUGGAAGAUUUUUUGUGACUGCAGAAGAAAUGAGGACCUCAGUCUCAAUGUAUUCUGUGAAUACCCUUAAAAUCAAGCGUACUGUUCAUUUGAAGAAGAACUGAUUCACUUUUAAAGUGAAACUCUUCAGAGUUGGAGGUCUUCUAUGAGUUCAGAACUCAUAGGAAUUAACUAGAUUUGUCAAGCCUACACUGUGCCACUGAAGGGAAGGUGACAUGCUGUGAAAAAGAUCAAUUUUUGGUCAUCCGUCUCUGAUGAACGCUCUUUCACUGUGGUCAUAAUUCAGUUUCUUCAUCCUUUGUACAGCAUGCAAUAAAACACCAGAACAUGUGACAUCUCCACGUAAAA